CUGAGAAGAAGUAACGAUGGAGUGUCUCUUUAACCGGAAAACCAACGGCACGGUUUAUCCUUUAGAUAUGAACCGCACUUCUUCUUAUAUAGACUCCCCUGCUAUAAACCAGUUAACGGAUCUAGAUAAGACCCUCCACGUAACCUUUUACAGCCUCUGGGUUGCACUUAUGGUCAUCAACAGCAUGAUUUUCCUGGUGGGCAUCGUGCUGAACAGUUUAGCGAUCUACGUCUUCUGCUUUCGAACAAAGUCGAAGACCACGUCGGUUAUCUACACCAUAAACUUGGUAGUGACCGAUCUCCUGGUUGGACUUUCUCUGCCGACGCGUAUUAUCAUGUACUACAGCGGGGGAAGCUGCUCCACGUGCUUCUUCGUCCACAGUUUCACGUACUUUGUUAACAUGUAUUGCAGUAUACUUUUUUUGACCUGCAUCUGCGUCGACCGCUACAUGGCUAUUGUCCAAGUGGAGGCGUCGCGCAAGUGGAGGAACCCCAACUAUGCCAAAAUGAUAUGCAUCCUAAUUUGGAUAUUUGCAGUGGUGGUCACCUUUACGAUCUUGACCACCACCAUUAACCAUCCAUCGUGCUGUCUCUUUCAACUGUUUUCGUUGACAUUCUUCGAGUACUUUGUGCCUCUGAUCAUUAUCACCUUCUACACCCUGAGGAUCAUGUGGGCUUUAUCCAGGUCGACCCUCAUGAACCAAAGCCGCGAGAGGCGCAUGAAGGCCGUCCAGCUCCUCAUCACCGUCCUCAUCAUCUUCACCGUGUGCUUCACGCCCUUUCACGUCAGCCAGGUGGCCAUAUGCGUCAGCAAUUCCAUAUCACGCAACGUCAGCCUCAUUGUCUACCAUGUCACGGUGACCCUCAGCAGCCUCAACAGCUGCAUGGACCCUAUUGUCUACUGCUUUGUCACCAACAACUUUCAGUCCACCAUGAGGAGCAUCUUCAGGAAGCAUCACCCGGAGCAACUCAACGUAGAUAUUGUGGGUCUGCACAAAAACUCUAAGGGCUCGGGGACAAUCACAGCGAUAUCUAACGCUAUAGUGAGCCUACCACUACAAAGUAGCACCCUCAUAUAGCCAGCUGCAGUUACCCCCCAAGACAGCGGAGGUAGGAUUACCAGGCCUGAGAACUUUGGACACCAACCCUUCCAUAUAACUGCGGAUACGUUCCUUAACAAUAACGAUGCAUUCCAAGGGUGACUUUUUAUGAAGACAAAUUUUUUCAUGAAUGGUGUUUUUUUUCUUUAUUUUCCUU